AUGAAUCCUGACGGAUCGAUUGAUAAAUACAAAGCCAGACUUGUAAUAAGAGGUUUUUCACAGAAGAAGGGUUUAGAUUAUUAUGAAACCUUUAGUCCUGUUGCAAAGACAAGUACCAUAAGAGCAUUACUCAGUAUAGCUGCUCAAGAAAAUCUCUCUCUAUGUCAGUUCGACGUUUCAACUGCCUUUCUAUAUGGCAAAUUGAAAGAGGAUAUUUAUAUGAAGCCUCCAGAAGGAUAUUCAAACAAUGAUGGUAAAGUUUGCAAACUUAAACGAAGUCUCUAUGGACUUAAACAAGCACCGAGGUGCUGGAACUCUACUAUUACUGAGCACAUCCUCAAAGUUGGCUUCAUACAGAGUGAGGGUGACCCCUGCUUGUUUAAAAGAGAGGGAAAGAACAAGUUAUUAAUAGCUUUAUAUGUUGAUGACGGAUUGAUAGCGUCAGCAAGUUCAAAAGAAACUGAAAAGUUUUUGGACGAAAUGCGUCAACGCUUCAAAAUCACAACGAAAUGCGGUUCCUAUUUUCUUGGAAUUGAAAUAGAACGUAAAGUUGAUGGGUCAAUCAAAAUUGAUCAAAAGAGCUAUGCAAAGAAGCUACUGCAAAGAUUUGGCAUGCAGAAUUGCAAAGCUGCAGUAACCCCAAUUGUUAAAGAUAACGUGCUAGCUUCGAAAGACAAUACGGAUAUCCAUGACUUUCCAUAUCGACAGGUUGUUGGAGCAUUAUCCUGUUUGAUGGUUGGCACUAGACCUGACAUUGCUUUUGCAGUUGGAAUAGUGUCACGGAAGCUAGAUAAUCCAACAUCAGAAGAUGUAGCGAGAGUUAAGCGAAUUCUACGCUAUGUUAAAGGCACCCUAGAGUAUGGUAUAACAUACAAAUCUUCCACUGUAGAACGAGGCUUAAGAUGCUACAGUGAUGCUGAUCAUGGUGGUGAUGAGACGACUGGACGCUCCACCAGCGGCAUGAUUUGCCUCAACGCCAAUGGUGCAAUAGCAUGGCAGAGUAAACGUCAGACUACUGUCGCAAUAUCUUCUACAGAAGCUGAAAUAAUUGCAGCAAGUGAGGCCGCCAGAGAAGUUAUAUGGCUUAAACGGAUCAUGAACUUCAUGCAGAGUAAUACUCAGAAGGAGAUUACACCACUCUUUAUAGAUAAUGAAUCCGCUAUAAGAUUAGCUUAUGAUCCACCUUACGAAGCACACCAGCGAACAAAGCAUAUAAGGCUUAAACAUUUUUUCGUAAGGCAGUGUGUCCUAGAAAAGGAUAUAAAAGUUGAGAAGGUUGAUACCAAGAAUCAACUGGCAGACUUCUUGACAAAGCCAUUAUUUAAGCCUAGGCUUCUAGAACUAUGUAAGCUAGCUGGAGCCUCCACUUAA